GACAUACCGCUCGGCCCUUCAAUUCAGUGGCGAUCAGCGGGUGUAAAUUUUCCCAACGUGGGCUUUCGAUCUAUAAUUAACUCUCUUGAACUCCCCACUCGCAAUGACAAUGACUCCGUUUGAGCACCUUUCUGGUGGCUACACCUAUGGCAUUCUCUUUAUCGCGAUAUUCCUUGGGAUCACGACUGUACAGUCUCGAUCAUAUUUUCUGUCUUAUCCGAACGACCCUGUGGUAACAAAACUUCUGGUUUUAGCGCUAAUGCUCGUCCAGUUCUUUGGCCUUGGGUGCUGUCUGUCAGGUCAAUACAGGAUGGUUAUUUCGCGCAAGGACUCGCCAAUAAAAAAUUCAUGGUAUAACUCUGAGUUUACUAUGUCGACUGUCGUGUGUUCCAUCUUGGUCCAAUCCUUCUUCUCCUGGCGUAUCAGAAAAAUGACCAAUGUAUGGGUGGCUCUACCCGUAAUGAUGACUAGUUUGCUUCAGCUUGGGGUGUAUAUUGUAGGGAAUCUGCACCCGCAAGUAUAUUCACUACCCAAUUGGAACAGAACCCCAGUCGUCGGUUUGUGUGCAGCUCAGGCUACCGCAGAUACGUUGAUCGCGGCAAUAAUGAUUGUCCUGUUACGCCGCAGUCGAACCGGAUUCGGAAGGACAGAUAGGGCUAUAGGAAUCCUAGUCAGGUACGCGAUUCAUACCGGUGCAGUUACAAGUGUUCUGGCUUUGAUAAUUUUGAUUGCAUUUGUUGUGUAUGAUGGAUUUCACUUCAUGCAUAUCUGGUUUUCAGUGUCGUUGGGAGGAGUAUACACCAUCACUUUGCUAGCAAACCUACAUGCUCGUAGUCAUGUCCGACAAUACCUGGUACAAGGACCCAUAGAAAAUGCUGGACAGUCCAUCCACUUGUCCAAAUUACCGGCCAGGAUAAAGGGUCGGAUUUUGCAUGCUAUACCUCUCAACAUGCCUAGUUCCAUUAAGAGUUCAGAGCCAUCCCCCUCAGUCUAAAUUCAUUUGCCUAAGUGCUCAUGGGGCAUCUGCUUACCAAGGUGUUUUUUUUCCUGGGGGGAAUGCAAUACUAGAAUGCUUGCUGUGUGUUACUGGAACCUUAAUCAUGAAAUAGU